UGAAUGGUCCUUGAAGAUAAGGAAAGAAAUGAGAGUGAUUGAUAGACAGAUCAGAGACAUCCAGAGAGAAGAGGAGAAGGUGAAGCGGUCAAUAAAGGAUGCUGCCAAAAAGGGUCAGAAGGAUGUGUGCGUGAUCUUGGCAAAGGAACUGAUCCGCUCUCGGAAGGCCGUAAGCAAACUCUAUGCAUCCAAAGCUCACAUGAACUCUGUCCUCAUGGGGAUGAAGAACCAGCUUGCCGUCCUGAGAGUGGCAGGUUCGUUGCAGAAGAGCACGGAAGUCAUGAAAGCUAUGCAAAACCUAGUAAAAAUCCCUGAAAUCCAAGCGACGAUGAGGGAGUUGUCCAAGGAGAUGAUGAAGGCUGGUAUUAUAGAGGAAAUGCUGGAGGACACCUUUGAGAGCAUGGAGGAUCAGGAGGAAAUGGAGGAGGAAGCCGAGAUGGAAAUCGAAAAAAUCCUUUUUGAAAUUACAGCUGGGGCCUUGGGUAAAGCGCCUAGUAAAGUCACGGAUGCUCUUCCGGAGCCGGAACCCAUAGGAGCGACUGCUGCCGUUGAUGAGGAGGAAGACAUCGAGGCGAUGCAGUCGCGGUUAGCCACCCUCCGCAGCUGAGGAGGGAGCGUGUCUGUACAGUGGCCUUUUUGUUUUUUUCUGCAAUGGGAUCUUCUGUUUUACCUUGAAAACGCAGAACUUACUUAAUAUGUGAGAGUAUUUUAUGUAAUAUAUAUAUAUUUUUUUUUUCUUCCU